AUGUCAUAUGAUAUUUUACUUAUACUCGCUCAAUUUAUGAUAUUCAGUAACAAAUAUGACUUCGUAACGACAAAAGCACUAAUUGGUCACGGCAUUGCACCCGCAGAAGGGACAAAAUUUUCUUCUGUCGUAUGUAUCGCCAAUAGAAUACCAAUAGAUUCCGAUCCGGAUAGCCUAGUUCUUUGUACUGGCGUUCUCAUAUCAUCAACUCAUUUAUUAACAGCUGAGCAUUGCGUGGAUGACCAAUCGACCUCUUUUCAAGUGCUUGUCGGAUCAACCGACUUACGUACGGCCACAAUAUAUUAUCCAUUUUGGUGGUUAACAUUCGAUUGGUGGGCAUCUGCAACAGGACAACCGGUAGUGAAUACAAAUGACAUCGCUAUCACAAGAGUAAAUAUUUAUUUCAAUUAAAUAUUACGU